AUGACAGGAGGAGAAGAAACUAAAAAGAAACCAGUUGCAGGAGGAGGAGCAAGAGGAGGUAGAAAGGGAAAGGGUAAAGGAUUCAAAGGAAAGGGAGGACCAAAGAAACCAUUCGUUAAAAAGAAUGUUGUCAUUACUACAGGUCCCAAUGGAGAACAGAUUGAAAAGAGACAAAGAGGAUUAAGAAAGAAAAAGACAAAGAGUGCUACUGCCGCCGCCGCCGCUGCUGCACAGAAACCAAAGGAAAAGGUUAUCAAGAAUUGGGAAAAGGUUGAAAUCGAUACCAAUAGCUUCAAUCAUUUUGCUGCUAGUGGUUUGGUUGGUUUGGAAGUUAUCGAUGCUGGUUCAUACAAUACUUAUGAAUCUGGUGGUGGUAAAGGAAAGAGAAAGUCUGUAGUUGCAGAGGUUGUUGAAGAAACUACAAGCGACACUGAAUCUGAAAAGAAAUCGUCUUCUUCGUCAAAAAAGAAUAACAAACAAGGAAUUGUACUCCAUGAAAGAGAAAAGGAAGAAAAGGAAGGAGCUAUUGUAGACGCUAAACACAAGAACAAAAAGGCUAAAAAGGGAAAUCAACAACAACAACAACAACAAGAAGACAACAAGAAUAGAAAUAGUGAAGAGUUUAAACAAAAGAAAAAGGAUUUUGAAGAGUUUAGAAAGGAACAACGUGUUGCAAGAGAACAAAAAAAGAAAGAAUUCCAACUUCAAGAUAGAAUUGCUCCAGAAGCUGCUGAUACUUUGGACAUGACUGUUUGGGAAUCUUAUAACCUCGAUCCACUCAUUAUCAAGGGUUUACGUGCACUCGGUUACGAAAGACCAACUGAAAUUCAAUCUCAAGUAAUUCCUGCCUCAAUUCAAAGUGGAAAUGAUAUUAUUGGUGCUGCUGAAACUGGAUCAGGUAAAACAUUGGCAUUUGGUAUUCCAAUGGUUAAUACAAUUUUAAAAUAUUUAAGAGCUCAAGGAGAAGAUGUUACUAGAAGUACUCUGCCACAAGUAGGUCUUUUGAAAAAGGAUAAUAGUCACAAGAAGUUGUUGGCACUUGUACUCUGUCCAACUAGAGAGUUGGCUAUUCAAGUAACCAACCAUCUUAGAACCGUUGCCUUGGAGACAUCGCUUAGAAUCAUUUCAGUGGUUGGUGGUCUAUCGCAAAAGAAACAAGACAGAGAGUUGAAUUCCAAGCCAGAGAUUGUAGUUGCUACCCCUGGUCGUCUCUGGGAGCUAAUCGAUGAAGGUGACAAGUAUUUGGGUGAUUUCACAAACCUUCUUUGUUUUGGUAUCGAUGAAGCCGAUCGUAUGGUUGAAAAAGGUGUCUUUAGAGAAAUUGAUUCAAUUCUUGAAAGAUUACCACAAUAUCAACUUCAUUAUAAAAAGGGUCAAAAUGAUGAAGAACAAGAAGAAGUAGAACAAGAUGAAGAUGAAGAUCAAGAGGAACAAGAAGAUGCAGAGGAAGAAGAACAACAAGAAGAAGAUGGAGAAGAAGAAGAAGAAGAACAAGUUGAUGAAGACCAAGAAGAAGAAGAAGAGAUGGAAGAUAUUAAGGAUAUUGAAGAUAUUGAAGAUAUUGAAGAUAUUCAAGGGAUGGAAGAAUUAGAAGAGAUUGAUGGAGAUGAUGAGGAAAUAAUUGAUUUCCAAGAAGGAGAAAUUGAUCCAGAUGAUUUCCAAGCAGAGGAGGUUGGAUUUGAAAAAUUCACAAGUGUAAAGAGACAAACAUUUAUCUUUUCGGCUACUAUUGUUGGUGUGCAUGACGAACAACAAAAGGAUGCCAAAAAGAAAAAGAAAUAUGCCAACAAGGAAUUGACACCAUUGCAAACACUCAUCUCUAAAAUCAAUUUCCAUCGUAAAUAUAAAUUGAUCGAUUGUACACUUAAAAAAUUGACGGCUCACAGCCUCAAGGAAUCCAAGAUUCUGUGUAACCUCGACGAAAAGGAUCAAUACCUCUACUACUUUAUCGAUCGUUAUCCAGGCAAGACAUUGGUCUUUGUUAACAGUGUCGAUUGUAUUCGUCGUCUCUUGGCCAUUCUCAAAUUGCUAAAGGUCGUUGCCUUCCCGUUGCACGCUCAAAUGGAACAACGUCAACGUCUUCGUAACCUCGAUCAUUUCAAACGUGAAAAGAAUGUCAUUUUGAUUGCUACCGAUGUCGCUGCUCGUGGUCUCGAUAUCCCAGGUGUUGAACAUGUCGUCCAUUACCAAAUGCCUCGUACCAUUGAAUUGUAUGUCCAUCGUAGUGGUCGUACCGCCCGUUCCAAUCGUGAAGGUAUCAGUGUCCUCUUUGUCGAUCCAAGCGAACAAAAGACCUACGCCGCCUUUACCGACAAACUUGAACACGAAAUCCUCGACUUCCCAAUCGACUUCAAGUUUAUGCCAGCUGUUCGUGAACGUAUCGGAAUGGCCUAUGACAUUGACAAACAAUCUUUUGAAAAGAAAAAGGUAUCCGAUGAAAAGAAUUGGUAUCUUCGUAAUGCAAAGGCUAUUGAUAUGCAAUUAGAUGAUGUUUUUUAUCAAUCAGAUUCUGAAGAUGAAAAGGAUAAACAAUAUAGAGAAAAGUCAAGAUUAAAUCAAUUAAAGAUGACUUUGGAUGCUGUGUUGGCUCAACCAUUAAUGCCAUCUGGUGUAUCAAGGAGAUAUGGAGCAGGUAUUGAAGAAUGGACAAACAAAAAGAACGCAAGAGCUACCUUGGAUCUUGAAAAGAGUAAAUCAAAAAAGAAAUGUGAUGGAUUUUGGGAAUUCUAA